AUGGCGCGCAAUGAGGAAAAGGCCAUGGCGGCCCUGAACCGAUGGACAGCCCAGAAACGAGAUAUAGAGAUGCAGAAGAACCUGGGCAAGGCCACCUACAUGGGCGGCGCCUUGCCCGACACAGCGGCGUAUGGGCCCUACAAGCAGAACAAACGACCAAAGAUUGCCUCGGAGGUGAAGACCGUCAAGGAGUGCGAGCACUGGCGGCAGGACAUUCUUCGCGGCGUGGCGAAGAAGAUCGCCGAGAUCCAGAAUGCGGCGUUGGGAGAGCACCGCAUCCGCGACCUGAACGACGAGAUCAAUAAGGACUUGCGCGAGAAGGGUUAUUGGGAAGACCAGAUCAAGGCGCUUGGAGGUGCAGACUACAAAUCCCAGCCCAAGCGGGAUGUGGAGACUUACGGUGCAGAGUUGGCCUCUCACAGCGGCUACAAGUACUUCGGUGCUGCAAAGGACUUGCCUGGUGUGAGGGAGCUCUUUGAAACCGAGAUCAUCCCGGACGCCCCUCGCAAAACAAGGAAGCAGCUGUUCCUCCACAUCCAGCCAGAUUAUUACGGCUGGCGGGAUGAAGAGGAUGGCAUGCUGCUCUUAGAGGAAAAGAUGGCCGAAGAAGAGGCUGUCAAGAAGCUACAGGCUGAAUGGAAAGUUGAGCAAGCGGAGCAGGCUGCCAAGGCUUCCAAGAAGCGAAAGGCCCCCAAGGAGGAAGUGCCAAAGGAGGAGGCCAAGGCCCCAGAGCCUGAAGUGGAGAAGCCUAAAACCCAGGAUUUCGCGGACUUCAAGGCCUACGUGGAUGUUCCAACCAUGCAAGACAUCGAGCGGCUCAUCGUGCAGAAGAAGAAGGAGACGCUCCUGAAAAAAUAUGCGCCAGGCGAGUCCCAGACAAAGGACUGA